AUGUCGGGCGCGCCAAUCGUACCCGUCCCGGCACCAUGGAAACUAAAGGGGACAGUUUACACGGUGACUUUUUGGUGUAAAGCUGGACAGCUACCAGAUUUUGCCUAUUCACCUCUGGAAGCCGCCUCCGCCUACGCUGAUCCCAAGAUCAGUGGCCAGCACCAUGGCGGAACCAGCCAGCUCCAAGUGAUUCGCUACACAGAAAGCCCUGUUGGGCCAUACGAUGAAAUGAUUAUUAUCCCAGGCUUCUUUGACUACCGUGUCGAGGAAAAUGGAAAAGUAAAGACAAAGAAGAAUGCCAGAGUCACGAGAAUUUACGUGUCGCAAAAUAAAACGUGCUGGAAUGGGCGUAAAAAUUGGAACAUACCGAAGCACUUGGCACGUUUCGACUUUCAAGACUUGCCAGACGGCUCUACCAAGAUACGGGUGUAUCCCCACGACACAUGCGACGGCGCGUCAGAAGUACAAGCGAGCAAUGUUCCCUUCUUCCAGGCCAUUGUGCAGCCACUCCGCUGGGCUCCACCAUUCCCGUUUUCGGCGAGUUGGCUUGGAUAUGCAGGUCUUGAUAUUUCCUUGGUGCAACCCCCCUUGCCCGAGGGCAAUGGUAGCCAGGGUGAAUUGCCGGGAACUGACAAGUGGUGUAAGAUACUCCCAGGUCAAGCUUCGAACAAUACAAGUCUGGCAUGGAUCGAUCUGAGUCAGAGGGAUGAGCAAGGAGCACUUAAUGGGCAGAAUGAGAACUUUUGGCCUAAUCUAGGAAGAUGGCAACUAGGUGUCAAGAUGGAGAAUUGCGAUAUCGAUUUUGGUGAGGGCGUCUAUUGGAGCGCUCUCUGA